AUGUACUCGCCACUUGCACUCGUGCCAGCCGUAUUGCUCGGCGUCGCAGCAGCCGCUCAGGGCGUCGCCGCUCAGGACUACUCGGGAGGAGGUGCAGCGUCUUCUUCAUCGUGGAGUCAGCAAGCGAGUGGGAGCGCGUGGAGUAGCACGGCGGCUGCGAACGCAACGGGAGAUGCAUCGGGACAGGCGAAUGCGACGGCAUCGAACACGGCCGCCGCACCCGUCUCGACGUCGACGCAGAACCCCCUCAUCCCUUCCUCCAUCUCGCCCAAAUGCCAGUCCUUCCUGACCUACCUCAACUCGGCCUCGUCCCUCUCUGCCUGCACAACCCCUCUCCUCUCCGCCCUCUCCUCCUUCCAGCCCUCGCCCGAUUCGCCUACAACCUACACCGCAUCCUCAGACCAAGUCCACACGGCUAUCGAGAACCUCUGUUCCCAGCCCUCGUGCGACGACUCGCUCGUCCGCGGCAUGCUCGGCGGGUUCGUGGCAAACUGCACAGCCGAACUCGAGGCGAAGAACCAGGUCGUGCUUGGAUCGUACGACGCGUUGUAUGUCCUCGAGCCCCUGAGGGAGGCGGUUUGCUCGACCGACUCGUCGGGCGCGUUCUGCGUCGAAGACAUCGCAGCGGGUAAAGUCCCCUCGACCCCGUCCAACACCACCGACUCGUCAAACUCGACGACCACGCCGGUGAACAUGACCGCCCUCGCCUCCUCGGCUGCGGCCUCGUCGACCGCCCAAACGGGAUCGCAACUCGCCGCGCAGACGUACACCAUCCCCGUUCCCGCCCCGCAGGCGCUCUACGUCCAGAUCACCAAGGUCGCGAAGCGGUGGUACAGGUUGGCCAAGAGGCAGUACCAAGGCGGUUCGUCGAGCGGGUCGGGGUCGAGUUGGUCGAGCGCCGGGUCGUCCACUGCGGCGUCCCCCUCGUCCUCAUCCUCGAGCGGAUCGAACUCGACCGCCCCCUCAGCCGGCUCGACGCGCUUCACCCCACUCGCCCUCCCCUCCCUCCUCCCCAACUCCCAAACCUGGUCCACCCUCUCCCUCCUCUUCCUCUUCCUCACCCCCUCCAUGCCCUCCUCAACCUUGUGCACGCCCUGCACACGCACCAUCCUCGCCUCAUACAUCGCUUUCGAGUCGCGCAUGCCUUAUGCCCUCGGACUCGCUAACUCGCCCUUGCUGGGAGGUCAGGGAGCACUGUGGACUGGCGUCGGGGAGAAGUGCGGAAGCGGGUUCCUGGAGGGCGUCGCGAAGCAGGCGGGCGAGGCGAACCUUACGGGCGGAAGCGGGUCGAUAAAGGCGCGUGCGGGAGGAGUGGUCGUCGCGUUGGUGGCGGUGGUGCUUGCUGUCGCGCUCUGA